CGAGCCUCAUGACACCUGCUUUGUGUACUCCAGGCAACUGAGGGACCUAGAGAGCUCAGCUGGCUGUCUAAAAGCUGCGGGUGGUAACGGAACCAGAGAAAGCUAGAACAUCUCAUUUCUCCGCGGGACUGAGAUCUUGCAGGCAGUCCAAGUAGAGGUCACGAGGGGCAAGCAAGGUAGUCCAAGAAUGGUUGAGGUCUGAGAAGGUGGUCAUUCUCUCUGAACCCUGGAAAAUCUCCUUGACAUUUUUCACACUUUGAAGCAGCUGCAGCUGGUGUCGUCGGAAAAGGGGGUGGGAGGAAAGAGAGGGGGCGGGGAGAGUGGGGAGUCACAGGCGCGAGCCAGGAGCAGCGCCUCGUCUGCCAAUCCUGGCACCUGUGCGCCAAGCCGCGGCACCGCGGAGGACCCCGCUCCUGGCCAACCCCGGGCUCCGAGCCACGGCCACCCAGCCUCUGGGCCAGCGCGAUCUGCAGCCGCCCACCCAGGACCCCCACCGCUACCCGCAACUGCGGGAGCGCAGGAACCCAGCUAGUGCUUGCUGUGCCUCGGGCCACGGGGUUCCUCGCCCCUUCAGAGGCUUCGCGGCCGGCCCGGGCAGCAGCCGAGUUGGGUACACGAUUCGCCCGCGCUGCCGUUCUCUUCUCCACCCAGGAUUUAUUGUCUGUGGAGCCUUCUGGGGGCGGGGAGGGAGCUGCGCCUCCGCCGCCGCCGCCGCCGCCGCCACUGCUGCUGUUACGGUCGCUAGCGCGGCGCUCUGGGCGGGUGGAGGCCGGGGACUGGCCGCAGUGGUGCUCCGGGCGGGCUCCCGGCUCCCCAGGGGCACCUCUCCAUCCCUGCACCUGAAGGGCAGUGGCACCAUGGUCUGACACCGCAUCUGCCCGGAGUUCCCUUUGCCUUUGCUUCGGAGGACUCCCCUACUGGCUUCACUGCGGACCCCAGAGCACUUUAAGGAGUAACCCUCGGCAGCUGCAAGGCCUUCGCUCCCUGGACCCUCAUGGGUAGUUUCUGCUUCCGGCGAUGAUGGAGAGCCUAAUACGGGGAAGGAAUCCCCCACAAUAUCAGAGAAGUCCUUGUAAGGAGGCUCGUGCAGCACUUCGGAAGAGGCCAGAAGAGGAGUGAGCCCGCUACAUGAAAAGAAUGCAAGUCAAAGUGCCCACAGCCUAGAAGUCUUCAGAGACAGGAGUAACUAGCAAUGCAGUGCCUGGAGAUGACCACCAAACGGAAGCUCAUUGGCCGCCUCGUGCCAUGCCGCUGCUUCCGAGGCGAGGAAGAGAUCAUCUCAGUGUUGGAUUACUCCCACUGCAGCCUGCAACAGGUGCCCAAGGAGGUCUUCAACUUCGAACGGACACUAGAAGAGCUAUAUCUGGAUGCCAAUCAGAUUGAGGAGCUGCCAAAGCAAUUAUUCAACUGUCAAGCUCUACGGAAACUAAGCAUUCCUGAUAAUGACCUCUCAAGUCUGCCGACCUCCAUUGCUAGCCUAGUUAAUCUGAAAGAACUCGACAUCAGUAAAAACGGUGUACAAGAAUUUCCAGAAAACAUAAAGUGCUGUAAGUGUUUAACCAUUAUUGAAGCCAGUGUCAAUCCCAUUUCUAAACUACCCGAUGGCUUCACGCAGCUUCUUAACCUGACCCAGCUCUACCUGAAUGACGCCUUCCUUGAAUUUCUUCCAGCUAAUUUUGGAAGACUUGUCAAAUUGCGAAUCUUGGAGUUAAGAGAAAAUCACUUGAAAACUCUACCAAAGUCAAUGCACAAGCUGGCCCAGCUGGAAAGACUUGACCUAGGCAAUAAUGAAUUCAGCGAGCUGCCUGAAGUUCUGGAUCAAAUACAGAAUUUGAGGGAGCUUUGGAUGGAUAACAAUGCAUUGCAAGUGCUGCCUGGGUCUAUAGGGAAGUUAAAGAUGUUGGUAUACCUGGAUAUGUCAAAAAACAGGAUAGAAACAGUUGACAUGGAUAUUUCUGGAUGUGAAGCCCUCGAGGACCUCUUACUAUCAUCCAAUAUGUUGCAACAGCUGCCUGACUCAAUAGGAUUGCUGAAAAAGUUAACAACUCUAAAAGUAGAUGACAAUCAACUUACAAUGCUACCCAACACAAUCGGAAACUUAUCUUUAUUAGAAGAAUUUGACUGCAGCUGCAAUGAGUUGGAGUCCCUCCCUCCCACCAUUGGUUACCUGCACAGCCUGCGAACCUUAGCAGUCGAUGAGAAUUUCCUCCCAGAGUUGCCCAGAGAAAUUGGAAGCUGUAAGAAUGUCACCGUUAUGUCUCUACGCUCCAAUAAGCUAGAAUUUCUUCCUGAAGAAAUUGGGCAGAUGCAGAGACUGCGUGUCUUAAAUCUAAGUGAUAAUAGGUUGAAGAACUUGCCAUUCUCCUUCACCAAACUCAAAGAACUUGCAGCAUUGUGGCUUUCUGACAAUCAGUCCAAGGCCCUUAUCCCUCUGCAAACAGAAGCCCAUCCAGAAACUAAGCAAAGAGUACUGACCAACUACAUGUUUCCCCAGCAGCCCCGUGGUGAUGAAGAUUUCCAGUCAGACAGCGACAGCUUCAACCCCACCCUGUGGGAGGAGCAGAGACAACAGCGCAUGACUGUUGCCUUUGAAUUUGAGGAUAAAAAAGAAGAUGACGAAAGUGCUGGGAAAGUUAAGGCUCUCUCCUGCCAAGCCCCCUGGGACAGGGGCCAGCGUGGGAUUACUCUCCAACCUGCCAGGCUGUCUGGCGAUUGCUGCACACCAUGGGCCAGGUGUGAUCAGCAGAUCCAAGAUAUGCCCGUCCCCCAGAGUGACCCCCAGCUGGCAUGGGGUUGUAUAAGUGGCCUCCAGCAGGAGAGGAGCAUGUGUGCUCCAUUGCCAGUGGCAGCACAAUCCACCACUCUUCCCUCUCUAAGUGGCAGACAGGUUGAAAUAAACCUAAAACGAUAUCCAACUCCUUACCCAGAGGAUUUAAAGAAUAUGGUAAAAUCUGUUCAAAAUCUGGUGGGUAAGCCAAGCCAUGGAGUGCGUGUUGAGAACUCAAAUCCAACAGCUAACACGGAGCAAACUGUGAAAGAAAAGUUUGAACACAAGUGGCCGGUGGCCCCAAAGGAGAUUACAGUGGAGGAUUCUUUUGUUCAUCCAGCUAAUGAAAUGAGGAUUGGGGAACUUCACCCUUCAUUAGCUGAGACCCCUCUGUACCCACCCAAACUUGUUCUUCUAGGGAAGGACAAAAAAGAAUCAACUGAUGAGUCUGAAGUUGACAAAACUCACUGUCUGAAUAACAGUGUCUCCUCAGGCACCUACUCAGACUACUCGCCCUCCCAAGCUUCCUCGGCAUCCUCUAACACCCGGGUGAAAAUGGGGUCCUUGCAGACAACAUCUAAAGAUGCCGUCCAUAACUCUUUGUGGGGUAACAGGAUUGCACCACCUUUCCCACAGCCUCUAGAUGCAAAGCCAUUACUCAGCCAACGCGAGGCUGUCCCUCCAGGGAACCUCCCCCAGCGUCCCGAUCGGCUGCCAAUGAGUGAUGCUUUCCCUGACAACUGGACCGAUGGCUCCCAUUAUGACAACACAGGUUUUGUCUCCGAGGAAGCCACAGGCGAGAAUGCCAACAAUAACCCUCUCCUAAGCUCCAAGGCUAGAAGCGUACCUGCUCAUGGGCGCAGGCCUUUAAUCAGGCAAGAGAGGAUUGUCGGCGUUCCCCUGGAACUGGAACAAUCCACACACAGACACACACCAGAAACAGAAGUGCCUCCUUCCAAUCCCUGGCAGAAUUGGACCAGAACCCCCAGUCCAUUUGAAGACAGGACUGCUUUUCCUUCCAAAUUAGAAACAACCCCUACUACCAGUCCCUUGCCUGAAAGAAAAGACCACAUGAAGGAGUCUACAGAGACACCAGGUCCUUUCUCUCCAGGAGUGCCAUGGGAGUACCACGACCCCACCCCCAACAGGAGUCUCGGUAAUGUCUUUUCGCAAAUCCACUGCCGCCCAGAUUCGUCUAAAGGUGUUAUUGCAAUUAGCAAAAGCACAGAGAGGCUUUCCCCGCUCAUGAAAGAUAUAAAGUCCAACAAGUUCAAAAAGUCCCAGAGUAUUGAUGAGAUUGACGUCGGUACCUACAAGGUCUAUAACAUUCCACUAGAAAACUAUGCCUCUGGAAGUGAUCACUUAGGAAGCCACGAGCGGCCAGACAAGUUCUUGGGACCAGAGCAUGGCAUGUCCAGUAUGUCCAGGAGCCAGUCGGUACCCAUGCUGGAUGACGAGAUGCUCAUGUAUGGAAGUAGUAAAGGCCCACCCCAACAAAAAGCAUCUAUGACUAAGAAGGUCUAUCAGUUUGACCAAAGCUUCAAUCCACAAGGAGCGGUGGAAGUAAAAGCAGAGAAGAGGAUUCCACCCCCUUUUGCACACAAUUCUGAGUAUAUACAGCAGCCCAGUAAAAACAUCGCCAAGGAUCUGGUCAGCCCCAGAGCCUAUAGAGGAUACCCACCUAUGGAGCAGAUGUUUUCCUUUUCCCAGCCAUCUGUAAAUGAGGAUGCCAUGGUGAAUGCUCAAUUUGCCAGCCAGGGGCCCAGGGCAGGCUUCCUAAGGAGGGCUGACUCCCUGGCCAGCUCCACUGAGAUGGCCAUGUUCAGAAGAGUCAGUGAGCCCCACGAGCUGCCCCCUGGUGACAGGUAUGGCAGAGCAGCCUAUAGGGGAGGGCUGGAAGGCCAGAGCAGCGUUUCAAUGACUGAUCCCCAAUUCCUCAAGAGGAAUGGCAGGUACGAAGAUGAGCACCCUUCAUAUCAAGAAGUGAAAGCGCAGGCGGGAAGUUUUCCUGCUAAAAACCUUACCCAGAGGAGGCCGCUGUCUGCCAGGAGCUACAGCACAGAGAGUUACGGGGCCUCCCAAACCAGGCCAGUUUCAGCUAGGCCUACCAUGGCAGCCCUCCUGGAAAAAAUACCAUCUGACUAUAACUUGGGUAACUAUGGUGACAAGACAUCAGAUAACAGUGAUAUAAAGACAAGGCCCACCCCUGUGAAGGGAGAGGAGAGCUGUGGCAAAAUGCCGGCAGACUGGAGACAGCAGCUGCUUAGACAUAUAGAAGCUAGAAGGUUAGACAGGGCAGGCAGCCACAUUCAGACCUUGAUGGGGUCACAGAGCCUUCAGCACCGCAGCCGGGAGCAGCAGCCAUAUGAAGGGAACAUCAACAAAGUGACCAUUCAGCAGUUUCAGUCACCAUUGCCCAUCCAGAUCCCCUCAUCACAAGCCACCCGGGGACCUCAGCCUGGACGGUGCUUAAUUCAAACGAAAGGGCAGAGGAGCAUGGACGGUUAUCCUGAACAGUUCUGUGUGAGAAUAGAAAAGAACCCUGGGCUUGGAUUUAGUAUCAGCGGUGGAAUUAGUGGGCAAGGAAAUCCUUUCAAACCUUCUGACAAGGGUUCAGCCUGACGGACCAGCAUCCAACCUACUACAGCCCGGGGAUAAAAUUCUUCAGGCAAAUGGACACAGUUUUGUGCAUAUGGAACAUGAAAAGGCUGUUUUACUACUGAAGAGCUUCCAGAACACAGUAGACCUAGUUAUCCAACGUGAGCUCACUGUCUAAAUGUUUUUAUAAAUAGUGAAGAUAUGUCAGGCCAGAGCUAAUGUUUAAAAAUAAAUUUAUACAUAGAAACAAAUUUUGCCAGUUGCUGGACCAAUGGCAAACAUCAGUGCCAGGUGUAUAAUAUUGUACGUUAGCCUUGACCACCCUGAAAAAUGUUACUUAUAAACACGGCGUUUGCGCGUGGUUCUGUAUCAGUUCCAGCGGCAGCCUCUGGCUGUGCAUUGGUGCGGUUUUGUUUCUGUUUUUGUUUUUUAAUCAAAUAAGUUGUCUUCUCAAAGUGGAUUUCCUAUCAUUUCGGAGCACGGAAGCACACACAAGCUCUUUACAAAUUCUGCUCUCCAUCAGAAAUACUGCCUCAAAAAUUGUAUAUAAAAGAGUUGUAAUCCCCAUAAAGUAUUUCUAGCACAAGGUAUAUGUUGGCAUAUAUACAAAAAAAAAGAAUAUAGAAAAACGAUAUUUUCGUAAACAUCUUGGAUUGAGAAAAAAAUAUAUCUUAAAAUAAGACUUUACUAUAUUGAAUCUUUUUCAAUAAAAAUUACAUGAUUACGCCUUAUGGAAGCAACUGUACAUAAAGUAUAAAGUAUUUAUAUUUGGUUCCACAGCCAUUUGCUAAAUUCCCAUAGUAGAAUGAAAUGAUUCAUGAAUUAUCCAUUAAUCUCUGGGACCUGAGUAAAAACUGGAGAAGGUAAAUCUGUUCAAUGCCUUUAGCUAAUUAAGAGGACACAAGCAGACUUCAGAGACAGACCACAGGUCACUGAGAUCAUUCUCUUCACCAAAACCACAAGCAGUGAGUGAUGGGCCGUGGGGAAGGCUUAA